AUGGAUUGUCGCAUACAGAAGAGCAUUAAACUUUGUCACUGUUUGCCACCUUUCUACCACUUAAUGGUGGGAUCUCAAGUUCCCUAUUGCACAGCUCAGGAGCUUAGUUGUCUCUCACGCUACGCCAGGAACAUCACGCAAAUCACGGACUGUCGUCAGUGCGAAUUGAGUUGUCUCAACACCGUCUAUGACGUGGAUAAACUCACAAAGGUCUCAAAUGCUGAAUCUACGCAUGAGGGUGGUGCCUACAUCAAUGUGGAGUACCUCACAUGGCCGAUUAUCCGAUACAAACGUGAAGUUCUUUUCGGUUGGGUAGAUCUCUUGGUGUCCUUUGGUGGCAUUGCGGGUCUCUUUCUUGGCUUCAGUCUACUAAGUGGCGUGGAGAUCUUGUACUACUUCACACUUAGGGCUUGUUGUAUGGUGUAUAAAGAUCGCGAUGUUCUCGAAGGGGUUGAACGAGAGAAAGUCAAUCGACCACCACCGAGAGUUAAUUUGAGCCUCCGAAUUGGCAAGAUUACCACAAAAACUCCCCAUAAAAAUCCCAUUAGGCCCAAGAAACAUGAGAAACCACUCAAGAUCACCCCCUUCAGACAAUCUCACAUCUCAACUAUUCAUUUAAGUGUGGCAAACACUGAAAAAUCAACCAAUUUUCCGUAUCUACCAUAA